CUUGCGACCUGAUCGUUGGGAAGAGCCUUGGCUACCCAGCCUUGGUGACGUUCCUUUUACAUUCUCUUGACGUAACAUACUGCAGGUAUUGUAGGUAUAUACGACGAAACAGAUCGACAUUUAUCAGGGUUAUGUGGUAAUGUUACAAAGACAACAAUCUCGCAAUGCCAUCGCUUCUGUGUCUGCCUUUGCUCGCCCUGGCGUACGUGACCCCCAGACACAGGCAGGACGAGGCUUGGUCAUAUCGACAAGCACUCGCAAACUCAGCCCUCAAGGCCGGUCUCAAAAACUAUACUGCUCUGCGCACGCGGUGGCGACUGUCCUUGAACCCACGUCGAGAGGCGGACCGGUUUACUUUGAUUGACCCAGCCAGCCCAGAGCUCUACAAAGAUAUCCUGGCGGACAAGUACAUCCAGCCUGAGACGAUAGGAGCGACGUGGUACCCUGAGCCACUUCUGCCCCAGGGAGUAUCGAAAGACAAAUAUGUUGUCUUGCACUUCCAUGGAGGAUCAUAUGUCCUCGGCGACGGUCGCACGUCUUCAUGCGGGUUUAUCGCCGACAACUUCCUUCAAAACAUGGCGACGAGCCAUGUGCUUUGUCCUCAGCACCGACUAGCCUACAGACCAGAAGGGCGCUUCCCAGCCCAGCUUCAAGAUGCUGUAACGGCUUACAAGUAUCUAAUCGAUCAAAUGCAAAUUCAUCCAUCCCAAAUCGUUCUCAGCGGCGAUAGCUCUGGGGGCCAUCUCGCCCUGGACCUCUUGCGCUACAUCGUCGACUUCAACAACGUUUCUGUCCUUCCGGCGCCGAAAAGCAGUCUUCUUUGGUCACCAUGGGGCGAUGUCCCUGCUGCCAGAAAUCGCAACGAAUGGAGACAGAACAAAAACUACAAAACCGAUUAUGUUCCACCAUCAUUCCCGGCAUGGGGCGCAACGCAAUUUCUGAAAGGCUUGGAAAUAACGGAUGAGGUUGAGAAAUAUGUGGCUCCGAUGUGGCAUCCGUUCAAUCUACCUGCACCUGUCUUAGUUGUGACGGGGCAGAAAGAAGUACUGUUUGAAGAUCACAAGAGACUCGCCGGAGAUUUCAAGAAAUUUGCCGGCAAUGGAGAUAAGGUGGAGCUACUCUCCAUUGACAAUGUUCCGCAUGACGUUUUGAUGAUUGGAUGGAUCAUGGGCUUUAGGAAAGAGGUAUCAGAAAGCACCACUGCAGCUGGAGAGUUCAUCAACGCCAACUAG